AUGGUAGCUAGCCGUAUGCAGAGAUGGGCAAUUAUUUUAUCUGCUUAUUCGUUCGACAUCGAGUAUGUCCGUACAGAUGAAUAUGGGGCGGACGGUUUAUCGCGGUUACCGCUUAAAACAAAUAAACAAAACGUGACAGCCCCACCCGAAAAAACGUACCUGCAUUUUGUGCAACAAGCUCUGUCAUUAGAUUAUAGCGACAUUAAACGUGAGACGUUGCGGGAUCCAUUAUUAUCAAAAGUACUAAGUUAUAUUCGCGACGGCUGGCCAUCACACUGCAAAAUUACGAAUCUUCAACCUUAUUGGAAUAGACACAAAGAAUUAUACGAGGAGCUGGGCUGUAUAAUGUGGGGCCAUAGGUUAGUAGUACCGGAAAAUUGCAGGGACAAAAUCUUGGCUAUGAUUCAUGAACCUCAUAUGGGAAUAGUGAAAUCCAAAGCGCUGGCUCGAAGCUAUGUAUGGUGGGCCGGCAUGGAGGAGGCGGUGGAGCGAGAGUGCCGUGAGUGUAUAAACUGCACGGCGCAGACAGAUGCGCCGGCGCGAAACACGCCGCGAAUAUGGCCCUGGCCCGCACGGCCUUGGAGUUGGCUUUAUUUGGAUUUCAUGGGUCUCAUCGCGGGAAAAAUAUAUUUGGAAGUAGUUGACGCCAUGUCGAAAUGGAUUGAAGUUCAUAAAAUGACGAGUAUCUCUGCUAACUGUUUAAUUGACCGCUUAAAUUAA